AUGGCCAAGACAGCAACUCGGACCGUACUCCUCCUGUUGAGUGUAUGUGUUUGCAUCUCAGGCCUCCAACAGUCUGCUCCAAGGGUACGGCUGUCCUUCAAAGAGUUGUUGGACACCAGAGCAGCGCGUCCCUUCUCCUUCUCCUUCAACACCAGCGAUUACCGCAUCCUGCUGAUGGAUCAGGACCAGGGCCGUCUCUACCUGGGCAGCCGGGAGUACCUGGUGGCCCUGGACAUGCACAACGUCAACAAGGAGCCACUCAUUAUCCAUUGGCCAGCCUCUGACAAGAGAAAAGGGGAGUGUCGGAUGACAGGAAAAGGAGGACAGGGUGAGUGUGCAAAUUUUGUGCGUAUGAUAGAGCCAUGGAACCGCACCCACCUGUACACCUGUGGGACCGGAGCCUACCAACCCAUCUGCACCUUCAUCAACAGAGGCUGGAAGGCAGAGGAUUAUGUGUUCAGACUGGUUCCUGGAUUUCUAGAAUCAGGGAAGGGCAAAUGUUCCUACGAUCCUUUCCAGGAGAACAUUGCUGCUCUUAUCAAUGGGAAUCUGUAUGCAGGUGUUCAUGUCGACUUCAUGGGGACAGACCCAGCCCUCUUCAGGACCAUGGGGGGCAGAACAGCAGUCAGGACAGAGCAGUAUGACUCCAGGUGGCUCAAUGAGCCUGUGUUUAUUCAGAUUCAACAGAUACCUGACAGUGCAGAGAGGAAUGAUGACAAACUCUACUUCUUCUUCCGGGAGAAGAGUUUGGAUGCAGGGGGAGGGUCCAGCCCCAGUGUCCUGGCCAGAGUGGGACGAGUGUGUCUGGAUGACGAAGGGGGUCAGAAGUCCCUGGUCAACAGAUGGACCAGCUUCCUGAAAGCCCGACUCAUCUGCUCUGUGAUCGGAGAGGAUGGGGUGGAGACCUCAUUCGAUGAACUGAGGGAUGUUUUCAUCCAGCCCACGCAAGAUGAACGCAACCCUGUGAUCUAUGCCCUGUUCACUACUGCUGGCUCUGUGUUCAAGGGUUCAGCAGUCUGCGUGUACUCCAUGGCUGACAUCCGCAACGUCUUCAAUGGACCCUUCUCCCACAAACAUGGUCAUAACUACCAGUGGACAGUUUACACGGGCAAGAUUCCCUACCCUCGCCCUGGCACAUGUCCAGGAGGAACAUUUACUCCAGGUAUUCGUACCUCUAAGGACUUCUCAGACGAUGCAGUGAACUUUAUGCGAGCCCAUCCCCUCAUGUACCACCCUGUGUACCCUAUCCACCGUCGCCCCCUGGUGGUGAGGACUGGUAUGGACUACCGCUUCACUGCCCUGGUGGUGGACCAGGUGGACGCCGUAGACGCCCGAUACGAGGUGCUCUUCCUGGGCACAGAUCGUGGCACUGUCCAAAAGGUCAUAGUUUUACCUAAGGACCCGAGCACCAUGGAGGAGCUCACCCUGGAGGAAGUGGAGGUUUUCAGGACACAUGCUGCUGUCAAAACAAUGAAGAUAUCAUCUAAAAGGCAACAGCUGUAUGUGUCAUCAGAGGCGGGGCUAACCCAGGUGUCUCUCCACCGCUGUGGGGUGUACGGGAGGGCCUGCUCCGACUGCUGUCUGGCACGGGACCCUUACUGCGCCUGGGAUGGGGAGAGCUGCUCCGCUUUCACCCCCGCCACCAAGAGGAGGAGCCGAAGGCAGGAUGUGAAACAUGGUGAUCCACUGCGACAGUGCAGGGGCUUCAAUGCCAAAGUGGAAAAGCGUUUGAGAGAGACAGUCCAAUUUGGUGUGGAGGGGAGCAGUACAUUUCUGGAGUGUCAGUCUCGCUCUCCUCAGGCCACAGUCAAGUGGCUCUAUCAAAGGGGAGGAAGAAGGAAAGUGCUCAACCGGGACAGAGAGUAUCUGAAGACACCCCAGGGAAUCCUUCUGAAGUCUCUCAGCCAAUCAGACGCCGGUCUGUACCAUUGCCUGGCCACGGAGAACAACUUCAAACACACAGUGGCCCGUGUGGCGCUGCGCAUCCUGGACCGAGACAUCGUGGUGGCCCUCACCUCCCCUGACGAUGACCCCAUGACCUCCAACAGCCCUCCCAACGGGCGGGGGGGACAACAUGACGCCCAGCAACCGAAGCACCCCCCAACCCUCCCUCUCACAGACACCCCAUCCCAGCCAGAAAUCAAGUUGAUCCACCAGUACUGUCAGUCUUACUGGGAGCAGCUAGGGCUCAAGCAGCAGAAGCCCAAACGCACGUCCAGGAGACACACAGAGAGCCAGGAGACCCAAGGCAGAUAG